AUGGCGCUGCGGCUGUUGCUGCUGGGAAGCUGUGUGGCAGCUGUGGCUGCCGCGCCCAACGCCUCUGCCACCUACAUAGGGGCCGUGCAGUCUGCGAAGGACGCCCUACAGCAGAUUUGGGAUCUCCAGCACUCCGUGGAGAGGGAGGCAAGUGAGUCUCUUCGAGACAAGGAGAGGGAAGCCGAGCAGCGGGCAGAGUCCCAGUUGGGCGUCAGCCAGCAUGAGCUCUCAGAGCACUUUGUCUCUCUGCAGAAGGAAGCAGCCCGGGCGGUGGCGGACAAGAAGUUGGAUGUGGCGAAGCAGGCCCUCAAAGAAAUGGAGGAUGCCGAUUCCCAGCUCCAGAAAUUGUCCAUGCACGCAGCCGACCGGCUGGACGACACCUCCAGAAAUGCCGAGGAGGCUGGCCGAGACGCCGCCCGGGCUGCCGAGGAGAAGGCCGACAAACUGGCCCGGAAUGCCCGGAAAGAGACAGACCACCUGUCGCGCUCGGCGGCACGUUUCAACGUGCCAGACCUGUCGGACAAGUACGACACGUUGGCGAGCAAGGCUGCACGAAAGGUGCAGGACGCCGCAGAGAAAGGCGCGCGCGCAACGGAGGAUGCGGCGCGGAAGUUGCCCAGGGAGUACCGCAAGAAGGCAAAGGAGGCGGAGCAUGCCCGCCAGCGUGCCAUGAAGACGACCCGCGAGCUGAUCGACUCGGCGGAGAAGCAGGACUCGGGCGCGACUCCAUCUCUUCUUCUUGAAGCUGAUGGCAGUCAUGUGUUCCCGCUGAUCGCGCUUGCCGCCACAGCAGGAGCCGCGGCGGCCGUCGCCGCUGUCCACCUGGGGCGCCAGAGAGAUGAAGAGGUCGAGGACAAGUAUUUGUUGGUGGUUUGA